UUAGUUAACACAAAUAUUAAUUCAGCGCCCGGCCGAGAUGCUCAAAGGAUGCUGUCCUCGCCGAUGCUCUCGAUGAAGCCGCCCCACCUACCGGACGUGCCUUCCGCCUUGCCUAUUCGGAGCUCGAUGGUCGGCACCGCGUCCGCGCCGUCGGAGACGUCCACCGCGACGGACUCGGGGUUCGCGCGGCCCUUGAGCAGGCACGACCACACCGCCAUGCCAAAGGACGAAACGGUGCACGACGUCGGCGUGACGUCGACCGAGAGCGAUCCCGACGGCUGGCCGCGCAGACCCGGUAUCCGCAGCACCGCCUCAACGCUGUCGGCGCGCUCGGUCCACGCGCAACCGUCAUCCUGGAUGCCGGUUCGCGAGGUGUGGUCCACGCCGCGGGUGUCGACAGUCAACUCCUCUAACGGCUUAUCCAGGUCGUCCAUCGAGACUUUCAGGUCAGCCACGUCAACGCUGGCUGAUCGCAUUGCGCUCGCUGCACGCAGGCUUGCCGCUCGCGGGGCGAGCGCUUCACUAGUGAGGAGCAUCGAUGCGACUAAUAGGCCUCGCAUUUUGCCAAUUUGUUGCGAUAAUAGAGUGCGUGAGGUGGUUUUUAGUCGGCUUGCUAGU